GAACCGGCGACGGCGAGAUUGUCGAUUGUUCUACAGUCUACAGUCCGCUUUAAGUCGUAGAUUACCGAUUUUAGCAUCUUGAAUUCGUUUCUUCACUUAGAAAUUUCAAUUUCUAGUGAAAUUCUUCAAUUGCCAAAUCCUUGUAGCCAUAGAAGCUGACAACUUCGUAACCUAAUCUGAAGAAAACGGCCCAGAAACACCCAAUAUAAUCUUCUAAUGGACAGCGGCGGCGGAACUGAGCCAGGCGUCAGAGAGUGGACGGCGGAGGAAGCCGUUGCUGGGAAUGCAGAGGCCAUCCGUACCCUGAGGGAACUCAUCAUGUAUCCGCUCCUCUAUUCUCAAGAGUCUAAAAAACUUGGACUCAAAUGGCCUCGUGGUUUGUUGCUAUAUGGUCCACCCGGUACUGGUAAGACAAGUUUGGUUCGAGCUGUUGUUCAAGAAUGCGGAGCGCAUUUGACUGUUAUUAGCCCACACAGUGUUCACACUACAUAUGCUGGAGAAAGCGAGAAAGUUUUGCGGGAAACAUUUGCAAAAGCAUCAUCUCAAGCAAAGCUUGGGAAACCAUCAGUUAUCUUCAUAGAUGAAAUUGAUGUGCUUUGCCCUCGUCGUGAUUCUAGAAGGGAACAAGAUGUUCGUAUAGCGUCUCAACUAUUUAUGUUGAUGGACUCCAAUAAGUCGUUUUCAGCAUCUGGAGUACAUGUAGUAGUUGUAGCAGCAACUAAUAGAGUGGAUUCAAUCGAUCCGGCUCUGAGAAGGUCUGGGCGUUUUGAUGCUGAGAUUGAAGUCACAACCCCUAAUGAAGAUGAACGCUUUCAUAUCCUCAAUCUUUACACAAAGAAGCUUCCAUUGGAACCCAAUGUUGACCUGCGGGCAAUUGCCGCUUCUUGCAAUGGUUAUGUUGGUGCAGAUUUGGAAGCUUUAUGUCGCGAAGCUUUUAUGUCUGCAUUUAGGCAAUCGUCAAAAUCAAAUCAAGUAGAUGGCUCUUGGAACAUAACAAUGGAUGACUGGAGGCAUGCUAGGUCUGUUGUUGGUCCUAGUAUAACACGAGGUGUAGUUGUGGAAGUUCCAAAGGUUUCAUGGGAGGAUAUUGGAGGACUUAAAGACAUAAAGAAAAAGCUCCAACAAUCUGUUGAGUGGCCAUUAAGGCAUUCCGAAGCAUUUGCUCGGUUGGGAGUAUCACCUAUUUGUGGGAUCCUUCUUCAUGGACCUCCGGGGUGCUCUAAAACAACACUUGUAAAAGCUGCUGCUCAUGCUGCACAGGCUUCCUUUUUUUCCUUGAGUGGGGCAGAGUUGUAUUCGAUGUAUGUCGGUGAGGGCGAGGCUUUGUUACGCAAUACAUUUCGAAGAGCUCAACUUGCGGCACCAAGCAUAAUUUUCUUUGAUGAAGCAGAUGUUGUUGCUGCCAAACGUGGGGGAAGUUCUAGUGGAAGUAGUGUUGUUGGGGAGAGACUUCUGUCUACUCUUCUGACUGAGAUGGAUGGCCUGGAGCAAAUUAAGGGGAUUCUUGUUUUGGCUGCAACAAAUCGCCCUCAGGCAAUUGAUGCUGCACUUAUGCGACCUGGACGUUUUGAUCUGGUUCUUUAUGUGCCACCGCCAGAUUUCGAAGCUCGGUAUGAGAUCCUCCGUGUGCACACACGGGGAAUGAAACUAGAUGCCGACGUUGAUCUCAGGCGAGUAGCUGAAAGCACGGACCUCUUCACAGGGGCAGAAUUGGAAGGAUUGUGCAGAGAAGCCGGAAUCGUCGCUUUAAGAGAAGACAUUUCAGCGACAGUUGUGUGCGAUCGCCACUUCCAAGCGGUCCUGCAGUCGCUAACGCCGGCACUCACUUGGGACGUCAUUGAAUCAUAUUCCUCAUUUACGAAGAAGAAGUGAAGAACCCCUUCUGCUGCUGCUGCUGCUGCUUCACUUCAACUUUGACCAUUUUAAACAGUGCAUCAAAGACCUUGUUUGGAGUAUUAACUCGAGAGAGAGAAGCUUUUAGCAAGUUAUUUUAUCGUGCCUGGAGCUUAAAAUAGGCUCUUAGAUCAUUGUUGUUUGUAAUGUUUAGAAAAUUAGAUGGUCAUUAUAGUUACUCCAUAUUUAACUUCUUUGAAAAAUCUCCAUUUCGUCCCAUUUGAUUCUUUAGUUGUUCUUCAAGUAAAAUGUAGAUUUUCUC